UUCAACGAAAUUAUAAUUAAGCGGUUUUCAAUUUUUAAUUCAAAUUAAAAUUUUUUAAUUAAUUUUGCUAAAAUGAAAGUGUUUAUUGCUCUAUUUAGUUUGGUUCUUUGCACUUUUGCUUAUGCCGAAGAAGUGAAAUUAAUAUCACAGGAAACCAUGGUGGAAUACGACGGAAAAUAUCAUUACCAUUAUGAAUUGGGUGAUGGAUCGAAAGCAACGCAAGAUGGCGUAUUAAAACAUGUUGAUGCAGAUCAUGAUGGAGAAGCAAUUGAAGGCAAAUUUGCAUACAUAUCAGAUGAUGGCAAAGAAUAUGUUGUCUCCUAUACUGCUGAUGAAAAUGGAUACCGACCAGUUGGUGCACAUUUACCCACUCCUCCACCAAUUCCAGAAUCAGUUCUAAAAACUCUUAAAUAUUUAGAGGAACAUCCUUAUCAUCCACCAGAAAACAAAAAGCACUAAAUUUAAUAAAAGAAGUAAAUGUGAUGUUUUAAUGUUGUUAUAAGCAAGGACUGAAUAAUUGUUGUGAAUAAAA